UGAACAGUAAUACAUAACCUAAACUGUCAAAGUACAAGUUAUAUUGAGCAGUACAAAGUAGUUUUGUACGCUAUAUAAAUUUUUAUUUAAUAAUUUUGUUUUCGAUGUAGUUCAUUGAGUAAAUAAUUAGGCGUAUUUGAAUAAAUUGAAUCUUUAAUCAUGUUUGAGUUACCAGUAGAACUAACAACUAAGCCAUUAGCUCUUAUUGGUUUAACUGGCUUGGAUAUUACAAAUAGUGUACACCGUUCUAUUUGGGGAGCAUUUAGUAAUAACAGAAGAUUAGACAGUUCUGCAAUACAAUUUAAAUUGUUAGGUCCUUCACAUGAGUUUCCUACAGUAAAACCUAAGCGAAAUUCAUAUGAUUGGUAUACACCUAAGGGAAUAUUAAAACGCAACUGGAUGAAUAAAUACCUCAAUGAAGUUCCAGCAGUUGUGGUUGUAUUUUAUGAUUUGGAUUGGAAUGAUCCACAGUGGAAUGAAAAGAAAAUGGAAUGUGCUUCUAGAGUUCAAUCAUUUAGAAAUGCUUUGGAUGGAAGGACCACUAAAAUAGCUGUGGUACUCAUACAACAAUGUACACAGCCUCUACCAGGCUCUGAAGAUACUACAGCAACUGAGCGUGCUACAGCAGUUUGUGGUGCAUGUGAAUUAUCCCCAAAAUUAUUAUAUAUUUUACCACAUGGAGAUCACUUAUUAGGCUACAUAUCUAGGUUGGAAAAUGCAUUGUAUGAUUUGGCACAGACAUUUUAUCAUCAUGAAUAUCGCAUUGUUAAAGGUCACAAGGAUCAAAUUAAUAAAGGAAUGCAUAAAAGAGAACACAAACAUUUAUUCGUACGUCAUCAGUUUAAAAUGGCCUUUCUGAAUGAAUUAAAACAGGAUCAAAAUUUAGCUUUAAAGCACUAUAACCAAGCACUUAGUAGCUUGUUGGAAUUACAAAUAACAGAUACAAAUGUAAUGGAAAUUAAAAUUGUUGCUUCUUUCAUAAAUUAUAAAAUAUGUAAAAUAAUGUUUAAUUUAAAUGCUCCUAAAGAUGCAGUAGGACACUUUAGAUAUCAUACUGACAGUUUCAAGUCAUGGACAGGUCCAAAGAAACUAAUGUUUGAACAUCAUGCCUGGAUGUGUAGUCAAUUUUCCACGUUUGCAGAAUUAUUUGAUGAUUUUAUUCGGCAAGGAUUACCCGCUGUUCAAACUCAACAUCCUGGGUAUUAUUUUCAAUCAGCUGCUCAUCAUGCAAGUUUGAGGCAAGCAAGUUGCAAAGAACUAUGCCAGAAUGUUAAUACUUAUCCAGAACCAGAUCCCUUAGCUGGUGAAGAGAAGCUAGAAUUCUAUGGACAACGACCAUGGCGUCCGGGAAAAUUAGGUACUGAGUCUCCAGAUCCAGUAAAAGAAGCUGUUGCUAUACAAGCCUUGCAGUAUAAAGAAAAAUAUACAGUCGAUCAUUCUCAAAUAAUUAUUAGCUUGUUAGGAAAUGCAAUUUCCCAAUUCAAAUUGUACAGAUGUCCAAGAAUGAGGAGAGUGUUAGUUGUACAAAUGGCCGACGAAUAUUAUAAUUGUAAGGAUUAUGGGAAAGUUUUGACAUUAUUGACGCACAUGUUGUGGGAAUAUCACGGUGAACGGUGGCCCCUCUUAAUCACAAAUAUCUUAAAAAAUGCCUUGCGAGCAGCGUAUCUAUCGACAAGCAUUCAAGAAUACAUCACAUUAGCGUUUGAAGCUUUAGGACCUUCCGCUACAUUUUCAGAAGAUUACAAAAUUGCCGUUUAUAAUAACAUUAUCAAUAUCCUUCAUAAACAACCUCCAAAUCCGGAACCUGAUUUGCCUGAUGACAUGAAACAUCUUGCAUUAGAAAAAUGGGUAGUGGAACUUAAUAAGUCAGAACCACUUGUUUUUACAAUUGAUGAUAGCAACAUGAGUUCCUUUAUAGAGGUCAAAGCAAGGUUUUUACAACCAAAAUAUGCUGUUAAUUCUAUGAUUGAUGUAGAAGUUAUUAUUAGAAAUUUGUACAGUGGUAAUGUUGAAUUUUCCAAAAUAUCAGUAACAAUUAGUAGUCCAGGGUAUAAUUCAGAGUUGAAUGUUACUGAUGCUAAACAGAGCGAUCUCACAUUUCAUGGGAAAGAAAUGAAGAAAUUUCUUCACCAAUUUCAAGCACCUCAACAAAAUGAUAAUAUCGAAAUACGCAUCACCACUAUCUCAUUAUAUAUGGGUAACGACGAAUCUUGUUGCAUUCUUUUGAGGUUUUCUGCUAUGGAAAGAGAAACAAAUUGUUUGAGUCUGUUGUGUCCUGAAAUUCAACAACUUCGUAGAGGAGAAUUUGAAACAAUACAACCACUAGUCAGUACAGAGAUUAAACAAGAAGAAUCUAGUCUCAGUAUAAGUGCAGAAUCAAAUAAUCCAGCGCUUGUAGGAGAAUGGCUUCCCAUUAAAAUAACUAUUACUGCUAAUAAAAAUAUAGUGUCGGCACUCUUAACUGUAGCACUUAUGCCGGAUGGAACAAAUGAACAGUCAACGGAAUUAAGUUUAACAAUGCAGAAUAAACAAUCUACAAUAUCAAUGUCGAUUGAUAAUUUAGGAAACAAUUCUAGUACACAUCAAAUUGUCUACUUCAGAGCUCAUAAAGUUAGCGAUCGAAAUAUUCACAUAAAGGUAAAAUAUUCAAGAGCUGAAAAUAUCAAAGGAACUAAAGAAUUAACAUAUUCGUUAUCAGUGACAAAGCCAUUUGAAAUAUCAACGUUAUUUUACACUAUGCUCUUUGAACCAUUAGCAAAGGGUUUCAUCGAUGAACCAUUUAUAAUAAUGCCUCACAUUUCUUGUGUUUCUCCAUGGCCUAUAGAUAUUAUAAGUACUUCUAUAGAAUUGGGAGAUUCUAUAGAAAGAGCAAAUGCAGAUCCAUCAAGUUCUAUUUUAACUGGUAUUACCCUUUCUAAAAAUGAAACAGCCACAGACUCGUACUGUUUGAUACCAAAAGUAGCUGGUGAGCAACCUGCUAGUACAGGAGUCUAUACUAUUAAAUGGAAACGUGCAAACGAUGAAACUGCGUUAGAAACCAGUAGCAGCGUUACCUUAGCUCCUUUGCGGGUCGAAGAUGCGAUUAUUGGCUUAGAAGCUAAAUUACCAGCUCAUGGUUGGGUUCGCACGCCAUUACUUGUAUCGUAUUACAUAAAAAAUCAUUCUGAUUAUAUGCUUACAUUACGAUUGAUUAUGGAAGCUAGUGAUGCCUUUAUGUUUGCUGGACAAAAACAGGUUGAUAUAUACAUACUUCCACAAAAUGAAAGAAAGGUUGAAUGGAUUCUACGACCGCUGGUAGCAGGUUUUGUACAACUUCCCACGUUAUCUUUAGCAGUUCCUGCUGACGAAGAAUAUAAGUUAAAUAAAGUUCGACUUUCGGAAGUAGUAGAGAGGUCAAUACCGAGUCACAUAUACAUUCUUCCAACAUCUCAGAAUUUCGAAGAGUAAGUGGAAUAGGGAAUAUCACAGGGAAAUAUUAGACAGAAAAAUAGAAACAAAGUUUUGUUUUCUUUCUUAAAAUUCUAUUAUAUUAAAUCUGAUACAUUUUGCACGUA